AUGUCUGUGGCUACUAAGCCACAAUCAGCAGCAAAACAAAUGCACGAGCCGCCACGAGCGAUACUUGGUCCCACGGGAAACAGAGUUAGGGUUUUGGAGGAGGCUAAAAGGAAAAUUGAGUUUUUAAAGAAAUCACAGCAGAAACCAAGGAAACCUGUGGAGAAAAUGUCUCAAGCUGCAGUUAAGAAUAACUUGUCAGUGGAUAGCACUUGUUCUUCGGAUUCUUCUGGUUCUUCAAUUUCUGGAAGGAAUGUGAAGCGUAAUGGAAUAAAACAAGUCAAGGAUGUUACUAAUGGAGGCGAAAUUAAGGAUGUUUUGUUGAAGAAAGAGGGGCCGGUUAAGAGGUGUGAUUGGAUUACUCCGAAUUCUGACCCACUUUAUAUGUCUUUCCAUGAUGAAGAAUGGGGAGUUCCAGUUCAUGAUGAUAGGAAACUGUUUGAGUUACUUGUAUUUUCACAAGCGUUAGCAGAACUCAGCUGGCCAGCAAUUCUUCACAUGCGAGACAUAUUCAGGAAGCUGUUUGACAACUUUGACUCAUCAUCCGUUGCACAAUUUACAGAGAAGAAGCUCCUAUCAUUGAAAGUUAAUGGGAAUCUGUUGCUAUCUGAACCAAAGCUUCGUGCAAUAGUGGAGAAUGCUAAACAGAUGCUCAAGAUUCAGCAGGAAUUUGAUUCCUUCAGCAACUAUUGCUGGCGGUUUGUGAACCAGAAGCCAUUAAGAAAUGGUUUUCGCUAUGUGCGUCAAGUUCCUGUGAAGACCCCAAAAGCCGAACUGAUCAGCAAGGAUCUGAUGCAAAGAGGGUUCCGUUGUGUUGGACCCACUGUUGUGUAUUCAUUCAUGCAAGUGGCAGGAAUUGUUAAUGAUCACCUGGUAGCAUGCUUCCGAUAUCAAGAAUGCAAUGUAGACUUGAAAAAGGAUUUCAAACCCAGGAGUGAAGAGACAGAGAGAGUUACUAAAGCUUUGGGGAACACAUGCGUAUCUCAUGACUGA